CCUUGGGGGACUCGAAGGAGCAGGUUUCUGAGCGGGAUCUGAGGAGAGGGGCGGCCUGCGGCCGGUUUGGGACUGGUAUUUCAGGCCUGUGGGCAGUGUGCCGCGCAUGCAGGGGAAGCCCGGGGUAGGAGGCGGGGACAGGAGGGUAGCAGAGGAGAGCGAAGCGCAAGCCUGUCUGGUCUUGUCCAAGGGUUUACUUGAAGUUUCAGCAAAGAACCCUCAGGAAUGCUUCCAAAUUACAGACUGAGUUGAACAAUUGUGGGCCUAUAUCUUCAACCGAAGGACUACAGCAAUUGCAAACUUCUUGGAUGAAAUCAUCCUAUUGAAAUCACUGAAAAAUGAUGAUGCACAGAUAACUGCUAUGAUUAAGAUUGAAUGUUAACCUUAUGGCCCACUAGAGUUAGGGCUAGAAAUUUAGUCUCUCGCUGAGGGGUGAAAAUGAGUUUUGAGUGAGCAUAGUCCCAAUUGUAAGAAGCUUGUCUAUGUUCUGCUAUUGCUGGGAUGCAUCUGCUGCUGAUGCCAAAACCCUCCAGUUGCACAAUAGCAUCACCAGUGAGGUAAAGAGGUAGCUACCACCUAGGCUGACCAGAUGAGAGGAAGAAAAUAUUGGGACAAAUUGUGUCCUGACCAAAGAUCGGUCGGGAUGCAGGACAAACACCUAAAUAUCGGGACGGUCCCGAUUUUAUUGGGACGUCUGGUCACUCUACUACCAACCCUCUCUGCAGCAGCUCUUCAUUGUGGCAGAGACCUACCUCGCCUCCUGCCCCAGGGGAAAUGCCUGCCAAAGAGACAUCAUUGCUUCUUUUGACCUUGCCCUGCUGCUAAUGGAGAUUACAGCUAAUAACAUCUGGCAGAUUGCUGGAGGUCAGAUCUGUGCAGCAACAUGGACUCAUCGGAGGAGACUGGGGGCUCCUCCACAGAAGAGAACUACUUUGUGAAUUACACCUUCACUGACCGUUCUCACUCAGGCCGCGUAGCUCAGGGUAUUAUGAAGCUCUGUCUGGAGGAUGAGCUCUUUGCUGAUGUUACCAUCUCAGUGGAAGGCAAAGAAUUCCAGCUGCACCGGCUAGUCCUCUCAGCUCAGAGCUGCUUCUUUCGUUCCAUGUUCACUUCCAACCUGAAGGAGGCUCACAACCAGGUGAUUGAGCUACAAGAUGUUAGCGAGAGUGUUUUCCAACUCCUGGUGGACUAUAUUUACCAUGGGACUGUAAAGCUGCGGGCAGAAGAGUUGCAGGAAACGUAUGAGGUGGCAGAUAUGUACCAGCUGACUGCCCUUUUUGAGGAGUGCUCCCGUUUCCUGGCCCGCACGGUGCAGGUGAGAAAUUGUCUUCAGGUUAUGUGGCUGGCAGAUCAACAUAGUGACAUGGAGCUCUACACAGCUGCAAAGCAUUGUGCCAAGUCACAUUUGUCACAGCUUCAGGAUACAGAGGAGUUCCUGCACCUACCUCUCCGCCUGCUGACAGACAUCCUUACAGAUGGUGUUCCAUGUUCAGAGAAUCCAACAGUUGCCAUAGAAACCUGGAUCAACUUCAACAAAGAGGAGCGGGCAGGCUUCUCGGAGGUGCUGCGAUCCAGUCUAAAGGAGAUUGGGGAGAACGUUCACAUCUACCUGAUCGGGAAGGAGUCAUCGCGUACGCACUCACUUGCUGUGUCUCUGCACUGUGCUGAUGAUGACUCAAUCAGUGUGAGUGGCCAGAAUAGCCUGUGUCAUCAGAUCACUGCAGCUUGCAAGCAUGGCAGUGACCUGUAUGUCGUAGGGGGCUCUAUUCCACGACGCAUGUGGAAAUGUAACAAUGCCACCGUAGACUGGGAAUGGUGUGCUCCUCUGCCCCGUGACCGGCUCCAACACACCCUUGUCUCCGUGCCCAGCAAGGAUGCUAUAUACUCACUGGGAGGCAAGACGUUGCAGGACACACUCUCCAAUGCUGUCAUAUACUACAGAGUGCGAGACAAUGUGUGGACAGAGACCAGCCAGCUGGAAGUUGCUGUCUCUGGGGCUGCAGGUGCCAACCUCAAUGGUAUCAUUUACCUGCUGGGUGGGGAGGAGAAUGAUCUGGACUUCUUCACUAAGCCCUCCCGGCUCAUUCAGUGCUACGACACCAAUACAGAGAAGUGCCACGUGAAACCUUAUGUAUUGCCUUUUGCAGGGCACAUGCAUGCUGCUGUGCAUAAAGACCUAGUGUUCAUUGUGGCUGAGGGGGACUCGUUGCUGUGCUAUAAUCCCCUCCUGGAUAGUUUCACCCGACUCUGUCUGCCAGAUGCCUGGAGCUCAGUACCAUCCCUCUGGAAAAUUGCCAGUUGUAACGGCAGCAUCUAUGUCUUUCGGGAUCGUUACAAAAAGGGAGAUGCUAACACCUUCAAACUCAACCCAGCCACCUCUGUGGUGACUGUCACCAGUGGCAUCAAGGUGCUGCUCACUAACCUGCAGUUUGUGCUGGCUUGAGGUGACAAGCCCACAUGAACAUUCUGUAGAGCAGCUUAGAGGCACCUAGUUUCCUUAGCACUUGCCCCAACAAGACCAGCUCACAGCACCAUAGAGUGCCCCCUCCUCUUUAGCCCUCGUUGCAGGCAGUAUGAGUCUCCUGGAUGUGAGGCUGUUUUCCCUUUCAGUACACUCUCUAAGUUGACUUACAGCAUCUUAAUUCCCAGAUAGACUAAAUAGUGUUACUAUGAUCCUCUGAUGUGAAGCUGUGUUUCAAGCUCAAAUUGCAGCAGAUAGGCUUCUUAGGCCUAGAACUAUUCACCACCAGCAAGCCCUAGCAUGAGCAGAUAAACUUUUUUGUCACAGCCUUUUAAUGUAAUAGCCCAGGAGGCUGCAUGUGCUGCUGCCAUCACUAGUCACAGGGAAUGGCCACCCUGUACACUCCCUAAAAAAGCUCUAUGCAGUUUGAAAUGGGGCUCCAAUAUGAAUGUUUCUUGCUAAGGCUACAGGACUGGCUUCAGGUUAGAGGCACUGACUAAAAUGGACUGUACUAUAAAAAUUUAGAGGUGGGUCCAAGUCCCUGACUUGGUUAUGCUCUGCCCUAACAUAGGGGAGAUGGACUUGCUGCUACUUUGCCACCUAGCAGAAAGAGGAAAACUAUCCUUACAAUACUAUUGUGCCAAUGCUGGUUUCUAGCCCCAGUACUGGAGCUCCCAGCCUGCUGACAUUAUAUGACAGAGCUGUACGAUGGUUAAAGAUGAAACUAAAGUUCAUUUUCUCACACCCUUCUCUGCUGGCACUGUAGCCCUUUAGGUGAGAGCCUGAAUAAAAGUGUCUGGUGGGACAAAGA